CUUUGACCCGUCCGGGUUGGGAGAGCAGGGAUCCACCUCCUGACAGCCGGGAAGCCAGGUCCUGGAGCCGCCCUGAGCUGGGGCACCCACACGGUUGCUGGAGGAAGUUUUCGACGGCUGCUUCUUGAGUCCUCCCUGCCCGGCGGUGGGUACUGGGGGGCCGGAGCACGGAGCCAGCUCUGUCCUGGGUGCCCGCAGAGGGUCCCUCCAGGCAGAAAGUGCUGUCUUGCUGCCCAGCAGGUCCAUCAGUCAGCCACCUGGAUAAGCUCUGAGCAGAAAUGGAGGCAAUGAGCCGAAGCUCAGACCUGGAAUACGAGAUCCACAACUACCUGAGCUCGCUGGAAAGAAGAAAGUUCUUAGAGAAUGAGUGGGACAUUGCUGCCUUUGCCAUCAUCUUAACCUUUGUAGGGACUGUGCUGCUGCUGCUUCUGAUGGUGCUUAUCCACUGCUGCUGUAACUGUGACGCCCCAAGAAAAAGCAAGAUUUCCAGAAGGAAAGUGGGCAUAGACAACCUGGCAAUGGAGCCCUUUCCAUCUCGUGGCUGGAGGGAAUGACCCUUCCUGCUAUCUUCCCUCUGCUGCACCUACACAUCAGACUAUCAUCUUCUUGAGUGCCAAGAGCUGCCUGGCUACUUCCAUCCUCCUCAACAACCUCAGCAAAUGCCCUUUCCUGUCCUUCAUCCAUGGAUGAACAUGAACCCUUUGCACAGUACCUGCAAUACCACCCUAGGCCAAUGCCCCCACAUGAGCUGGUGCAGCCCACCCCACAGUCCCUGUAAGAUACAGGACCUUAAUGUGGACUUUUCAGCUACAUCAGCCUCAACCACU